AGCACGAAACCGUUGUGUGGAGACAACGUCACCAGCUAAAAGGUGGUUGAGACCAAGGAUCAUCCAUCGAAACCCACACGAGUCGUGGGCUUAGCGAGGGGAGGCUUGCGCAGCCCUCUAUUUCUCGAACUUUGUUACUUGUAAGUUCAAGAACUCAGGUCAGGGGUUCAUUGCAACAAGCAAAGAUGGCUUCAAACUCGAGCUUCAACCGAAAAGCAUCGCAAACGGAUUCACCCGUCAAAGAGAAGCACUCAACCAUGUCCGAAUGGGAGGCUCAACUCCGAAGUAGAUUCGAAUCGCCCAGUACCGAUAAACUAACACUGGGAGGAUCUUUGGGCUCGGAAGAGCAGAGCGGGCACAAGAAGAAGUCCUCCCAGGACAAUGUAAAGACGGGUAAGUUGAGGAAGGCCCAGGCUCCACCGCCUCUCCCGAAAGUGCCAGCACCACCAGUGCCUUCCAAUGCGUCUGAGAGACCUAUCACCCCUAGUGAUCCAGGGUUCUACUUCACGGAGACGAGACCAUCUCCGAAGUUGGCAGAACCCCCGCUGUCUCCGAGACGCAGAAGUAACUCUUUACAUCAUGGGCCGACCUCUCCACCCGCGCAGGCCACUGCUCUGGCGCCUUCGCCCACAGAGCUGCGGCAGAGAAGUUCCUCCGCACAACCACCUAACGGCAGACUGGAACCAGGCACUCCCGUUCGACCAACACCCGUAGCAACCGCCGUCGAUUCACGGCCAGGAUCGAGCAAUGGCAGCCAGAGUCCCACUCGGGAAGUCGAAAAGCGUGGUAGACUUCGACGAUCUUGGUUUCCAGGAACGAGGUCUCGCUCCAACUCUACGGAUGUGAGAGGCGGACAAGGCUCAGGAGCUUGGACAUUGGGUCAAACGAAGGCAGACUACAACACAUCUUUUCUCGAGAAGGGAGAACGCGUACCCGAGCUCUGGAAUGAAAGUGGCAACGUCUUGGUCUACUUGCAUCCGAAGGCUAGUGGGAAGGGGCCUUCUUUUAAGGUUAUGCAGUUCGUUACCGACUAUUCGCUCAAUUUCCAAGACCUAGUUGAAGCCGAAGCCAAUUCAUCGCCGGGUGCUGGGCGGCCGCGCAGCACAAGCUUCACAGGUCGUAACAGCCUGUCGACAACCGACGCUGAACGACGAGACGAGGAACCACCAUCACCUCCGGAGAGUGAGACCCUCGGCGAAUCAAAGCUGUACUUGGCCAGUAUUCUGGAAGGACAACUGCAGCCUGGCAAUGGCCCGCAACCAGACUUGGAUCGCUUGCUUGCGAUUCGUAACAUGUUCGCCCUUUUGACGGGACAGCCUUUGGUUGGGAACAAGGAACAGCCGACCAUAUUCGCAGUUCUCAUGAAGGUUGCCGGUCUACUGGCAGAGUUCGAGUUCACUAGUGUAGACGGCACUACUUUUGGAGACUCAGUGGAUAUGAGCUUCGGAUUCUUCAUGGAAGGUUUGGCUGUAGCCGAUGUGCGAAAUUCCAGAGAGAAGACACUGGAGGCACUCAUUCUUGGCGAACGCAUGAAAUCAUGGGACCUUUACAACGAAGCCUUUUCUCACGCCGUAGGAAAGUACCCUGCCUUGCGCGACUUGAGCUCUCCUCUUUGGGAACAGGUAUCAGCACCUACACGGCAAAGACUAGAGCGCGGACACCUAGAGCUCCUAAAUCGUCAGAACAAUGUCAACAAUCGCCUUGAAAACUUUGAGUUUCCAGCACUGUUUUCCGGCAUAGCCAGCUCGGCGACACAGUACAAGACCGUGAAGUUUGGCAGAUGGAGGUCUUCCUUCAAUCGAAUGCGGUCAUUCGUCCUCGGUUAUUACAAAUCCAGUUUUGGUAGCUGGCCGCCGAAAGCACGAAGCAAGAAGAACCCAUUUACAGAGAGCGGGUUAAACCGACAAGUCCUGAAGAUCUUGUACUCUGAUCUCUGCGCAUUGUACGACCUUAUUGUCGACCGGCACUCUUUAACACCGCGGUCAAUGGACUCGGACCAGAUGGAGGAGGACGAGAAUGACCCAAUGUCGGCAUUGCGCAGGAUCCUCACUGAAUUUGAUCUUUCUUCGCCCCCUGUCCUACCCCCUAUACCAUAUGACGUGCCCACAUUACCGGAUUUCAAAUCGGUUCAAGAGAACUAUCACGAUCUACCAGCCAAGGAGCAGAGAAAAUUGGAUAGCAACUACAAGGAGCAUGAGUUCCUCUUGAUUCUCAGCAAAUCGUACGACUUUGAGACUUUGAGGCUCAAGCUUCCUUUCAUCGAACAUUUCAAGGAUUUCGAGGAGAAAGAAGCCAAGGGCAAGCCCAUCAGCGAAAUUGCGGAUCAGCGAAUCGGAUACUGGAUUUUCCUCUACGUUGUUAUUCAGUCUUUGCCGAUGUUGGUGGUCGACGCUCCGGGACUCCAUUUCACUGAGGGCGUGGAGUAUUUCCUGUGUCAACCGCCACGGGGUCAGCCGCCGUGGAUGGGCGAUGAUGCAGAACCGCGCAAGAGGUGGUACGAGGUCUCGGGCGGUGCAGGUUACGUUGAGUUGAGUGAGGAUACCGUCGAGUUUUCUAUCGAGGGUAUAUACCACAGGAGCCAUUGCUGGGUUGCUGCGAAACAGUGGGAGGCCGGCAUGGCAGGCCCUAUGGCGGAGCCCUUGGAGCUACCUCCACUAGAAGCACCACAGUCUGUCUUUACUGAUAAUGACCCGGGCGUCUCUAUGAUCGAGCGAAGUGAGUCGCCCACAACCCUAGCACCGGGGGUUGCGUUAAGGCCCAGGGGCUCAUCCCCUGCUGGCAGACCGGGCUACCGGUCAAGCGUCGCUCUUGGACUCGAGCCAGUGUCCAUGCCCGGUGAAGACACGCGGCGCGGAAGCGUGCGUACGUCGCGUGUCUUCAGUGGGCGGGACGGCUCUGUUGGCCCCCGGCCAGUAAGUGCCAUGAUGGCACGAAGUAGAUCCUCCGGCAAUAUCCAUGGCGUGGGGCCCGCACCCGGCUUUGCCAGUCCAGAUUCAGGAACAAGCUCUCGGCAGGACUCCCUGCAAGCCGGUACUAGCACUUUUGACGAUAUCCUCAAGGACGUUGAAAGUAAGCCAAAAAAGAAGAAGGGUUUCUUCGGUUGAAUCUUGUUCUACGAGAUGACAUGAUCACGAGACUUGACGCAUAAAGAACAGAAAAGCGAAAAUACGGUAGAAGAGUCGGUUGAUUGGGGUUCUAUCCUUUCCCUUUUCCAUUUUCCACAUCUGCUUUUGUUUCAUUUUAUACAUAUAUUCUGGUUUGAAUGUAUGAUUACCAUAGCAUUGUAGUACCGUGUGGGAACACCGACAUGGCACUUUUGUGUAGCAAGCAAGUUUGCAUAUAGAUGCGUAGCAUGGCAGAGUCUGACGGCUGUUGCUUGAAAUUAAUGUCUUUUUUCCAAAGGUCGAAUCUGAACUGACUGUGACAAUGAUGU